UUACAAUAAUAUUUUGAAUGAAAUAGGAAGCAUGUUUUUUAACACAAGUUUUUAUCUGUUGUUUAUUAUCACAUAGUUGUUAGCAUAAUUAGUUAUCAUGUUUUGAUAGCAAAAGUUUAUGAUUAAAGUUGUUCUUUUCCUUUUUCUUAUCACUUUCGGUUUUCAUAUGUUUCAUUGAAUAUUAUGUACUAACUAUAUAUAACUCGAAAAAUACAUCAUUUUGCAAAAUCAGUAAACACAAUGACACCUAAAUUGAAUUUAAGACUUGCUUGUUGGAUGUCCGAAAAGAAAGCUCAAAAAUUAGAUUGGAAAGAAUUUGAAGCAGUGUGCACAAAACAUGGUUAUGAACUUUAUAAUGUGAAUUUGGAUAAACCUUUGGAGGAUCAGGGCCCCAUUCAUGUAUUUUUGCACAAAUUAACAGAUAUAAUUGCAUCUGCUAAAGAAGGAAAUGAAAAGAAUUCUAAAAAAAUACAGAUGAUAGAAGAGUAUCUUCAACAUAACCCUUCUAUAAUAGUUAUCGAUCCAAUAUCCAACGUAAGACAACUUUUGGAUAGACACAAAUGUUAUCAGACUAUAAGAUCAACCGAUUUAUAUAAUCAUGGCAUAUUCACACCAAAUUUUUGUGAAUUGAAGUACAAAAAUGUAUCUCACAUAAAGAGAGAUUUGCAGAUGGCAAAUGUAACAUAUCCUUUCAUUUGUAAGCCAUUAUUAGGUCAUGGUUCUAAAGAAGCCCAUGAAAUGUCCAUUAUUUUCAAUGAAAAACAGUUAAAUGAAAUUAAAAUACCAUGUGUGGCUCAAAGUUUCAUAAACCACAAUGCUCUGCUAUUUAAAUUAUUCAUGGUGGGUUCUAAAUAUUAUUGUGUUGAGAGACCAUCAAUCAAAAAUUUCCAUACAACAGAAUUGGAUGUGAUAAAUUUUCAAAGCAGUGAUGUAUCGAAAGCUGGAUGUCAACAUGAUUUGUCUAUACUGGAUCCUGAGGAUAGGAAUGCUGUCAAAGUCGAACCAGACCCUGAGGUACUUAGUGAAAUUGCCAGAACAAUAAGAAAAGAGUUUGGAAUGGAUUUGUUGGGCGUUGAUAUAGUGAUAUCUGAUAGAACUUCAAGAUAUGCCAUAAUCGAUGUUAAUGUAUAUCCAGGUUAUGAUGGUUUUCCAAAUUUUUUUGAAGCAUUAUUAGAAUGUGUGAAGGAGAAAAAUAAAGAUUCUCAUAUGAAUGGAAAAUGUGAAGAGAAGACUGAAUUUUUUUUAUGAGACUAUGAUCUAUAGUUUGUCGAAAUACCAAAUAAGUAUUUACAGUUCAAUAAUUGACUCAACUGAAAAUAUUCCUAAUUGAUGUUAGUAUCUAUUCUACUGAAUAUUUUACAAUUUCAUACUUUUAUAAUUACUCUAAAAUGUUAUAACUAUAGUUCCCAAUAUUGAAAACAAAUGAAAUAUCUAUUUUGAGAGAUUUUUUUGGUUUUUAUUUCAAUUUUAUAUCAUUGUACAGUCAUUAUUUCAUAUUAUCUUUAUUAAAUUGUUAAGUUAUAAAUUUCUAAUUUUUAGGAAUUAUAUGAUUUUAUUGAUUAUAGAAUGCAUAUCCUCAUCAUAUUGCUCAUUAUGUUUUCUGCAAACAAAAUAUUUUAUUGAUAUGUUAUUUUUCUGCCAUAUGCUUUCAAUAAAUUCAUGUUUUAUACUUA